GUAGCCAGUAGGAGGGACUUGAUGCUCCAACUUCUCAUUUUGUGUCUCUUUGCUCUCCAGCCAGUCGUCCUGGUCCUGCUUGGAGAGAGACGACGGCAUCAGCAGCACGGCAUUCCGGGGAAACACCAUGCAUCUUAGGCUAAAAAGACGACUGGAGCCUCACCGUAUUUCGCGUUCUUAUUUUUGAUUUCCGUUUUUUUUUUUGUUUCGUCUCCCCCCCUCCCCCUCCCUCCUCUCUCCUUUUCACCCAAUCUCUGACGCGCAAGGACACUACAGCAUCCAUCCACGGCAGGAACGCUCACAUAGAGCAUCCUCUGUACAGACGCACCACCACCACCACCAUCCUCCUCCUUCCUUCCUUCCUUCCUCCCACUCUCCUCCUCUCCUCUCUCCUGUUCUGUUCUAACCCAGAGGACAUCGGGACAUCUUCUCCCCCCUCUUUACCCGGAGACAUGGAUCUAUGGUUUCAUUCGAUCCGGAUUUGCUGGUGGAGGGUUUUGUUUCUGAUGAGUGUUUUCCAGGACUAUCUGAGCUCCAUGCUGGACUGCCCGCCGACCUGCAGCUGCUCUCAAACAGAGAUCUAUUGCAAUAAGUCCGACAACGGCAGGUUUUUCCCUUUACUCGCCCUGCAAGAUACUGGGAGCAAUGGGACCAGUGUUGACAUAGCAGAGUUAUUCAAAAACAUCACCUCUAUACACAUAGAGAACUGGACGGGAUUGCAGACUCUGAGAGACGUCGAUAUGGAGCUCUACACUGGACUACAGAGACUAACUAUCAUGAAUUGCAACCUGAGGGUGAUCCAGGCUCGAGCGUUCGCUCAGAACCCACACCUACGCUACAUAAACUUGUCAAAGAAUCCUCUCACCACUCUGUCAUGGCAGCUCUUCCAGCACCUCCAAGUCUCGGAGCUGCGCCUGGACGGCGUUGUGUUUGAAUGUGGUUGUGACAUUCGCUGGAUCCAGCUGUGGCAGCAGAGAGGAGAGGCUGGGCUCCACACACAGCAGCUGUACUGCAGGAACGGAGCCUCCAAGAUCCGACUGCACAACAUGUACAUCCACAACUGUGACUUACCAGAGAUCAGUGUGAGCCAUAGCAGUGUGUUGGUGAUGGAGGGCGACAAUGUGACGGUGAGCUGCAAUGGAUCUGGAUCACCGCUGCCUGAAGUGGACUGGACUGUCAGCGGCCUGCACUCCAUCAACACACACCUGUCCAAUGUAUACUGGCCGAACAUCCACUCUAUCAACCUGACUCUUUUCAACAUCAGCCGAGAUGACAACAACUUCCAGCUGACCUGCAUUGCGGAGAACGUGGUGGGGAUGACCAACUCCUCCAUCCAGCUCAAUGUACAAUUUCCUCCAGUCAUCCUGAGGCUGGCUGAACCUGAGCAGCGCCACGAUACCUGCAUUGAGUUUACAGUUCGGGGUUACCCCCAUCCCAAGCUGCGUUGGUUCUACAAGCAAAAGGAGAUUGUCCAGAAUGAUUACAUUCGAACUGAGAUGGACUUCUACCAGGACUAUCUGGAAGGCUGUCUGACCUUCCAGAACCCAACACACAUCAACAACGGGAACUACACUCUGGAGGCCAGCAACCCUCUGGGAACAGUCUCCAAGACAGUGUAUGGUCACUUCCUUAUGGACCCAGGUAUUGAUGAAGACAUAGAGGAACUAGCUACUCCGACGCCAUCAGAGGGAGAGUCAGGCCCACCAGAUGAAGAUACGUUUGGGGUUUCCAUCGCCGUGGGUUUGGCGGGUUUCGCUUGCGUCCUCCUCCUCGUCCUUUUUGUUCUCAUCAACAAAUACGGCCGGCGCUCCAAAUUCGGUAUGAAAGGUCCAGUAGCUGUGAUCAGUGGUGAAGAAGACUCUGCCAGCCCUCUUCAUCACGUCAACCAUGGGAUUAUUACCCCCUGUACUCUGGAUGCGGGUCCUGAUGCCGUUGUCAUAGGGAUGACUCGUAUUCCUGUGGUGGAGAAUCCUCAGUACUUCAGGCACGGACACAACUGCAACAAGCCGACCACUCUUGUCCAGCAUAUAAAGCGGAGAGACAUCAUCCUGAAGAGGGAGUUGGGUGAAGGAGCGUUCGGUAAAGUCUUCUUGGCAGAGUGUUACAACCUCAGUCCCACCAAGGACAAGAUGCUGGUGGCUGUCAAGACACUGAAAGAUCCCAACCUGUCGGCAAGAAAGGAUUUCCAGAGGGAGGCAGAGCUGCUGACCAAUCUGCAGCAUGAUCACAUCGUUAAAUUCUAUGGUGUGUGUGUAGAUGGAGACCCUCUCAUCAUGGUGUUCGAAUACAUGAAGCAUGGAGACCUCAACAAAUUCCUCAGAGCCCACGGCCCAGACGCUAUGAUUCUGGUAGACGGCCAGCCGCUGCAAUCCAACGGAGAGCUGGGCCUUUCCCAGAUGCUGCACAUUGCCACCCAGAUCGCCUCGGGCAUGGUGUACCUGGGCUCCCAGCACUUUGUUCACAGAGAUCUGGCAACCCGUAAUUGCCUGGUGGGAAAUGGCCUGCUGGUUAAGAUUGGAGACUUCGGCAUGUCAAGGGAUAUCUACAGCAGUGACUACUACAGGGUUGGAGGACAUACCAUGCUACCUAUUCGCUGGAUGCCCCCAGAGAGCAUCAUGUACAGGAAAUUCUCAACGGAAAGUGACGUCUGGAGCUUUGGAGUGAUCUUGUGGGAGAUCUUUACCUAUGGGAAGCAACCUUGGUUUCAGCUGGGUAACAAUGAGGUUAUUGAGUGCAUAACCCAGGGUCGGGUUCUGGAGAGGCCACGGAUUUGUCCUAAGGAGGUGUACGACAUCAUGCUGGGCUGCUGGCAGAGGGAACCGCAGCAGCGACUGAACAUUAAGGACAUUCAGAAGGUCCUGUUCGCCAUGGGGAAAGCCACGCCGGUCUACCUGGACAUCCUGGGCUAGCAGCCAUCCGGGGUGGCCCGUUCCUCGCCAGACAGACAGAACGACAGAGACAUACAGACAGACCGACCCACACGAAUCCAGGAAUAACCAAACCAACCUACUCCACUGUCGAAAAACACCUACAAUGUUUGGGAAGGACUUAAGUGCCUGCAACACUUUUGGAUAUAGUGGAUAUAACGUAUUCAAAAAACACGCACUUUUACAUUUUGUUUACUUGCGUAUAAGAUGUACAGGUUUGAAGAAGACUUUUUUUUUCCUCGAAAAACUGCAAAAAUACACAAAAAUGGAGACAAAAAGGGAAGUGAACUGGCAAUAGGAAAAUGGCCACAGUUUGAUCAUAUUAUGGAGAGAACACAUCAGAGUUAAAAUCUAUCCUGGGUUUGGUUUUAUGAAUAUAUAUAGAAAUAUUACAUAUAUUUUAUAUUUAUUUCUUUUUGUCAGGAUGUUGAAGGGUCUGCCAUGUUUGUUGCUAAGGGCUCGGCCCUGCCCGAAGACGUCACCGACAAACUAUUGGCAGGGACUCGACGAUGGUAGCCUUACUUGCACUCUGAUUGGCUGGCACUGAGCUUUUGACGGGAACUCUGCUUCUGUGGAAUUACACUGGAUGGUUGAGAAAAAAAAAAAAAGAAGCGCUCUGUAGAGGACCUACCCAAUCAGACAACCGACAAAUCUAUUUUAAUUUAAAAAUAAUGUACAUAUUGUAAAAUUCUAUGUGUCAAAAUUAUGUUAACUUAUUUUUUCGGGUGUUAUUUUGGUUCCUUUUCUGACUGUGAUCUGGGUGGCUAAAGUAUAAAGCUAUGGUAUUUGUUUUCAUCCUAAUCCAGAAGAGAUUUCUCUUGGGAAUUACCUGUGUCGGUGCUGGUAAGUUGUCUUAUGUGGUGAAGGUGAAUGGCAGUGAAUACAGUUCGAUAAGUCAGCUGACACCGAAUCACAGAGACUCUGGAGAAUGGGGGACGACUCGGAGCCAUCAACACGACACUUUUCCAAAGAGGCAAUGAAGCCUCUUAUUCACUUUCCGGUUCAUUUGCUUUCUAUGGCAAAAAUAAUGCGUUGAUAAGUACUAUGUUACACCACAUCCCUCGAACACAUACACACGCUUUGAGAAACUGUUCUGUCAUUUUUAGGCUUUUUGGUGUGAAACUGCUUUUCCACUCUAAAGAAAACAUUUUUGUAACUGGAAGGAUGAAUCAUCUGUUAGCUGCAGGUGUGUGUGUGUGUGUGUCGCAUACACAGCCCAAGAAAAUCUCUAACUUAAAGGAAUAGUUAGACAUUUUUGGAAAUAGUCUUAGUUACUUUUUUUGCUUAGAGUUUGAUGAGAGGGUUGAUGCGAGUCUCAUAUCUGUCAGCUCAACAUGAAGCUGGAGCCUGAAAACAGGGAAAAAACUAGCCUGGCUCUAUCCAAAGGUAACAUCUACCAGUUCCUUUAAAGCUCACAUAUGCUGUGUUCAAAGGGGGUCGUGUUUAUCACGUUUACAAGAAGAGUCCACGUGAAUGCCCCCCUGUUAGGAUAUUUAUGACCUUGUCAGUGAAAAUUUCUGAGAGCUUCAUGUUCACGACUUAGUGUACGUGACUUCCCAUGUCUUUAACAUGAGCUCACGAGUUCCACUCGAAUGCAGUACUAACCAUUUUAUCUUAUGCUAAGCUACAAUAACCACUUGCUAUAAAUAGCUUGAUUUCAGUCAGUUCAAUAUGAAGCUGGAGCCAGGAGUUGGUUUGCUUAUCUUAGCACAUAGACUGAAAACAGAGGGAAAUAGCUCACCUGGCUUUAUCCAAAGGUAACAAAAAACACCUAUCAGCCCUUCUAAAGCCCACAUAAGACUGUUAGCUUAUGCCAAGCUAAAAUAACUGGUUGCUAUAAGUAGCUUCAUAUUUACUGUCACCCCAGUAUGAAGCUAGAGCUAGGAGUUGGUUAGCUUAGUUUAGCACACAGACUAAGAACACAGGGAAAAUGGCUGGCCUGGUUAUAUCCAAAGGUAACCAAAAACACCAAUCAGCACUUCUUUAGCUUACAUAAGCCCAUUAGCUCAUGCUAAGCUAAGAUAAUAGGUUGCUAUAAGUAGCUUUGUAUUUACUGUACAGACACGAGAGUGGUAUCAGUCUUCUCAUCUAACUCUCAGAAAGAAUGCAAAUGAGUAUAUUUCCCAAAAAUUGUCAAACUUGAUUGCAAACAUUUAGGUCAAUACCAUAAGGAUCCCGUCACUUCACAAGCUGAGAAAAAAACAUGGUGGCUUCUUCCCUCACAUUUCAUUUAGAACAACAAAAUAAAAACUUUAAGUUUUUACUUUUCUGAUUUUUUUUUCUUUACCAUCAACUGUACAUGACACACAGUCACUCUUUUCUUCCUCGCACUCGUGGCCUUUGCAUGUUUAGCAAUGAUGAGGUUUUGCACCCAUCUAUUGCUUUGAUAAAAACCUCUUCUGCCACGACCAGAGAGGAGCCACUGAAGCAGGUAGACACUUGUGUUAAUUUGUGGAUGGUACAUCAAAAAUAAUAAUCACUAAAGUGGAUCAGCUAACUGUGUGGUAUUGCGCGUUCCAUAUUUUUGAUAAUUACAGUAUUUAAUGAACUGGUAAACAUGAAGAGUUUUGUUCCAAAAUGUGGCAGAAAAACAUGACCCCCAAAAAGCUUCACAGCAAAAAAAGAAAAAAAAAUCUAAAACCAAAUGAAAUUACUUUUAAAGACUCGUUCUUAAUUAAGUGCUCGAAAAUGAGUUCAUUUUUACAGAGUGGAUUCUGUAGAUUUCUCAGACACCGAAUGGAAAACCUCAGGCAACAAUUUUAUUUUAUGUUGUAUCUGGAUAUAUAGCGUUUUGGAGUGGAACUCUUCACAUCUCUUCCUUAUUAUCUUAACAUGAAUUCUCACAGUAUCACAGUGUUGUCUCUGUUCCCCUUGGGACUAUGUAAAUCAUUAAUGAGCAUUCAGUUAUUUCAAGUAUUUUAUAUGAAAGGCAGGAUCAAAUCCAACGAGUUACCCAAAGCAUUGAGUUUUUGUGUAUUCUCUUGUGGUAAAGAUAAACGCUUAAAGACAUUAUGACACAGACCGUGAGCAUUUGCAGGGUAUUGUAAUCCUUUCAUGGUGAGUUGAAUAUUGUUUUAAAAAAAAGUUUUCCUUUUCUUUUCUUGGAUGAACUAACUGAACACUUUUUGAAGCAAAGUUGGCAUAUUACCAUGUACACAUGUUACAGAAUAUAAAAAUGUGGUAUAACAGCUGCAGUAUAUAAAAUACUGGUAUUCCAUGAUAGAUCUUUGUAUUAAUGUGACUCUCUUAAGAAAAUGUCUUCAAACAAUCA